AUGAUUCUAGAAACACACAGCGAAGAGACACCGAGACUACCAGACCACCGGUCGCACGACAGCCCGCUGAGCAAAAGGGACACGUCGAAGGGCAAGGGCAGAGGGGCCUGCACCUUCGUUAGGAAAGGGAUCACCUUCAUGGAACACAAAAUGAUCGGCAGAAGCGCCAUCGAACUCUGCACGGUGGAAGUAAUCACGGGCAAGAAGAGGAAGGAGAGCACUUUCGUGGUGAACGUCUAUAGCAAUCUGUCCCACGGACAACAGAAGUUCAAGGCACUAUUCCACAAGGCGAGUUCAGUCGCGGGGAGCAAUACGCUCAUAGUGUGCGGAGACUUUAACGCUCCGAGCCAAGACUGGGGCUACCACAGUACGACGGUCAAUGGGAGAGAGCUGAUGCAAGACGCCACCGACGUGGGACUGAACCUAAUCACGGAUCUGGCCUUUCCCACCAGGAUCGGCACAUCGGUUACGAGAGACACCACUCCGGACCUUACCUUCGUCAAAACCGACGGAGGAUCGAGAGAAGCGAAAUGGAGAAAUACGGGCCAGGAGCUGGGCAGCGAUCACUACAUGGUGGAGGUCGUCGUACUGCUCGAAGGCCAAGGCAACACCGGCAUAAGGAAGCAUCGCAUUACGGACUGGGACGCCUUUCGAAAGGCUCUAACCGCGUUGCAACUGGACAUUACAAACAUCGAGCAAUGGGCGGCCAACGUCGUUGAGACGACGGAAGGAGCCACCAAAGAGCUGGAGACGGACGAAUGGAUAGACAAGAUGUACAGUCGGCGGGCCCACCUGAUAGAAGCCAAGCAGUCCAUAAAGGCGAGGUGGCAGAAGCGACGAACCAACCGAAGUCUAAGAACGAAGAUCGCCGAGCUCAACAGGCAGAUCGAGGUCCACUGCAGGAUGCUAUGCACCCAACAGUGGAACGAGGCCUGCAAUGAAGCCGACGGACAGAUGCACAAGGGCAAGACGUGGAACAUGCUGCGGCACCUCCUCGAUGAAACCAAGACCAAGGGCAACCAACACAACAACCUGGCCAGGACCCUACACAAGGCAAUCUGCGAACACGGGGAGGACGAGGUCAAGUGGCGCUUGGACGCCGAGUACCUACCGACCACCCCCACGGAAAGACACCCGGAUUACCAAGGCAAUGAGAGCGAGACGCUAGAUCAAGACCACCGGACGUGGGAAGUCAGAGUUGCCCUGCAGGAUCUCAAUGGCAGGUCCGCCGCGGGUCCCGAUCGAGUGACCAACAGAGCACUCAAGAACCUCAAUGAAGCGUCCACCGAAACGCUCACGAACUUCUACAAGUGCUGGCAAGGAGGAAGGCUUCCCAAGCAAUGGAAAGCAGCCAAGACAAUCCUCAUCCCCAAGCAGCGUUACCUGGAAGAAUUGGAGCUUCACCCAAAUUCCUUCAUCGGGUUUCGGAACAAGCUCGGGAUGCAAGAUGCCAUGAUCUUACUGAAGAACGAGAUCAUCGACGAUACGAUGAGCACCAAGGACAACAGAGCCAUACUCACGCUGGACUUGCAGAGUGCCUUCGAUAAAAUCAAGGACUUCCUGACGGAACAGACCACCGAAAAUUGCGCGGGAGAUCUGCAGCUCGAAGAGAAGAAGCUGGGCAGCGUCGGAACUCCGCAGGGCUCGGUGAUCUCCCCACUACUCUUCAACCUCGUGAUGAUCGGGUUGGCCAACUGGCUAGAAAGAGUAGCGGGAGUCCGGCAUACCAUCUACGCCGACGACGUUACGCUAUGGGUACCGGGAAGAAGCGACGGACACAUCGAGACAACGCUGCAAGAAGCGGUCAACGCUAUCGAGGAGCAGCUGGACGGGUCUGGAGUCAUUUGCUCUCCGGCCAAGUCAGAACUGCUGGUGAUUCCACCGAGAGGAGCGGGCAGGAAAAGAAAGAAUAUGGAAGUCAAGUACGAGCGUCCCAAGAUCACGGUCAAGACGGCGGGAGGACCAGCAAUACCGGAGGUCGAGAAGAUUCGAGUGCUCGGGCUGCUCAUCCAGCGAAGCUGA